GAAUAUUUAAUUUUAUCAGUCUCAAAAUCUUGACCACUUAAAAUAUGUUUUAGCAGUGUGCUUCAUCUGGUUUUCACAUGACAGGCUAUAUAUGUUAUUGCCACUAAACACAAUCCUCUGCUGCAUUAAUUUUGUCUGUCAAUUUGAGCAAAUUGCUUUAUUAAAGUUAUAAAUAUCAAUCAGCAAGUUAAAGAUGUUGGAAGGAAAAGCUGUAGUGCGAGAGACAGACAUGCCAGAGGUGAUGCAGAACUAUGUCAUGGAGUUAGCUCAUCAAGCUCUUGAUGCACAUGAAGUUUCUGAUUGUCAGAGCAUUGCUCAUUUCAUCAAACAGAAACUUGAUGAAACAUAUGGACCUGCAUGGAACUGUGUGGUGGGAAAUGACUUUGGAUCUUGCAUUACACAUUUAUGUGGAAGUUUCAUAUUCUUUCGAGUUGAGAUGAUGGAAUUUCUUAUCUUCAAAGAUGGGAAGGACUUCACAGAAAGGAAGGAAGAAGCUAUUGGAGUUCUGCAAAAAGCAGGAAACGAAGAUUCAUAAAUUCUAAAAUCUGAGUAUGUAUAGAAACUAAGUUGGAUAUUCCUAAUUUACCUAUGAUAAACAUAGGUAAUAUUAAUAUUUCAAGAAAAAGUCAUUAAAGGACUAACAAAAAAAAUUGCAGUGGCUCUUAUAUGUGUGCCUAGGAUAAGAUAAUUUAAAACUCAAAAGUUAGGUAACUUUAAUUUACUAUUGUUGAUAUAAGGACGCAUUGAUGAAUAAAUAUAGUGUACCUUGUUACGUGUGUAGCAAUGUAAAGGUUUAUUAUUCAUAGGCAGAUUGGUCAUAACAUAAGGAAGGGGUAAUCUGCAUUCCAAAGAUUAAAUAUAAUAAACUCGUUAUUUUAAACCUCAGGAUGCAGAUUACCAAAUCCUGAACCAAUACUAAUUAACUCUUCCAAGAACAUGCAAAUCAAUGGCAAUAGAGGAAACAACAAAAUCAAUAAUACAUUGAUAAAAUGUUUGUACUAGAUUGGAUUGAGUUGAGUGUAACCAUACCUUUGGGCUUGGAAAUUUAUAGUUUUUAAAGUUGAGAAAUAUAUUCUUCUAGUGA